CUGUAUGGUUUCGUAGAUAUCUGUAAUGGUUCAGGGUGGGUGCAGCUGUUAUUGUCAAGAAAGCUCUGCUGUAAAGGUGACUCAGCUAGUCAAACAAGAUUCCAUUUAAAUUCACCUGCUGGUGUGUUUGUUCAAACUGAAAUGUAGUUUUGUUUGAAUGACACAUCUCUUGGUUAAAUCUGUACCUAAGUUUCUCUUGCAGUCUUUCUGUUAAAUAUGGGGUGGGGGGAGUACUGUAGUGUGUGAAGUCUUUGAUCCACUUCCUAGAUUAAGAAAGCGAGGAAUCUGCAGUACAAUAAAUAUUUCCUCCACUCAUAAGGACAAUGUACUGAAGGCACAUUACAAACAAAAGGGUACAUCGUUCCACAUUAGAAAAUGAACAAUGAAGAUGAGUUCUAUGAUGCUGUUACAGGCUUGGAGUCUGAUGAGUCCUAUGAAGGCAGUGCAGAAAUUAGCUCUAACGUAACCAAUACGAUUGUCAGUGACAGCAACAGUGCAAAACAGACAACGAAUGGGUCCCAGCCACAGGAGAAUGGAAUCCGGAAACAAAGAACUACCUUGCCUGCUCCUAUGUUUUCUAGAAGUGAUUUUAGUGUGUGGAGCAUAUUGAAGAAAUGCAUCGGACUGGAGCUGUCCAAAAUAACGAUGCCUAUAGUUUUUAAUGAGCCGUUGAGCUUUCUGCAGCGAAUCUCUGAAUACAUGGAGCCCACAUACCUCAUUCACAAAGCUAAUUCCCUCGCAGACUCCGUGGAAAGAAUGCAGGUUGUAGCUGCGUUUGCUGUUUCUGCUGUUGCCUCUCAGUGGGAGAGAACUGGAAAGCCAUUCAAUCCCCUAUUAGGAGAAACAUAUGAACUUUCAAGGGAUGACCAAGGAUUUAGGCUUGUGUCUGAGCAGGUCAGCCACCACCCCCCCAUUAGUGCAUUUUAUGCAGAAGGUCUCAAUAACGACUUCAUUUUCCAAGGGUCUAUUUACCCCAAGCUCAAGUUUUGGGGGAAGAGCGUAGAAGCGGAGCCAAGGGGAACAAUCACGCUAGAGCUACUCAAGCAUAAUGAAGCCUACACAUGGACAAAUCCUUCUUGUUGUGUACAUAAUGUUAUUAUAGGUAAACUGUGGAUCGAACAGUACGGAACGGUUGAGAUUAUCAAUCACAGUACUGGGGAUAAGUGUGUUUUGAACUUCAAACCAUGUGGAAUGUUUGGGAAAGAACUCCACAGAGUAGAAGGUUAUAUUCAAGACAAGAAUAAAAAGAAGCUGUGUGUGAUUUAUGGCAAAUGGACAGAAUGCAUGUGGAGUGUAGAUCCCAGCACAUACGACUCCUUCAAAAAGUCUGAAAAAAAAUGGGUGGAGCCAAGAAAGCCCAAGCAGAAUGAUAAUUCAGACAGGUCUGAGAAUGAUGAGGCUGAUGACAUGCCUGAAGUUCAGGAAACAGUUCAGGUUGUUCCUGGUAGUAAGCUUCUCUGGAGAGUUGCCUCAAGACCGCCAAACUCCACACAGAUGUACAAUUUCACUAACUUUGCUGUGACUCUGAAUGAAUUGGAUCCAGAAUUGAUAGGGGUUUUAGCACCAACAGACUGCCGCUUUCGUCCAGAUAUCAGAGCUAUGGAAAAUGGAGAUAUGGCUUUGGCCAGCAGAGAGAAAGAACGAUUAGAAGAAAAGCAAAGAGGCGCUCGUAAGGAACGCGCCAAAAAUGAAGAUGAAUGGAAGACCAGGUGGUUCCAGUUAAGCACAAACCCACACACUGGGACACCAGACUGGAUUUUUACCGGGGAGUACUUUGAUAGAAAAUAUGCUGACUGCCCGGAUAUUUACUGAGAGAAGAACGAACUUCCAUCAGCCUGCCCCAUAUCAUCUCAAAUUGGAAAUUAUGUCAAAUUCCUUACAAAUGUUUUGGCUUAAUGCCAUAAUUAACAGCUUGUACAAACCCCUUCCAAUUGCUGAGACCAAACCAGUAAUUUAAAUGAUGUUAAGCAGUUUGUUAACCAGAAGAUUAUUCUGAAAUACUGUUUUAAAACAAGCUGCAGCAUCCAGUGCAUUUGUGCAUAUAAGUUGCUGCUUACAACAUCACUUUUGUAGAGUUUAAUACUAUUUACAUAUUUAAAUGUAGGUUGAUAUUUAAAAAAAAAAAAAAAUAAUAAUAAUAAUAGGAUUCAAGCCAGACAAAGUUGAGUUGAAAGGAUUAAUGGAAUAUAUAGUGUGUUCUUAAGUCCCAAAACAGUGAUGUACUUUUUUAUGUGUGGUCACACAUUUAACACACUUGUGACUCAGCUGAUUAGGUAAAAUGCAGUGUAGAUGGUGGCCCGACUCCUCAGCACUGUGCCAUACCGGCCCUCGCAGGCUCCUUAAUGAACCUCAGAGGUAGGUGCUGCAUGUAGUGGUAUCAGGACUAUUCUGUUGUCAAUGUAGUGGCAUCCCUUAUGAAACGCACUGUAAUGUUUCCAGUAAAGCAAUGCAAACUGAUUCAUCCACUUAAGCUUAAAAUAAUACAGGUACAAUAUCACCUGCAGGGUGAAAUAAAAAUGAAACCAAUGAUCGGUUCAAAUAUUUUGCCCAAUUCUGUAAACUGGCUCUUGGUUUCUGACUCGCCUAGACCGGUGGUUCAUUGAUUCAUUUAUUGUUGGAAAUAUCCGUCACCAUACCCUUGAGCAUUACUGACAAGCAAUAUAUAUAUAAUAUAUAUAUAUAUAUAUAUAUAUAUAUAUAUAGUGAGGAUAAAAAAGCUGGUCAUUUUAAAGAUGUGUUUUUUCACAUGCAAGGUCUCAAUUCAGAAUGGUUAUUGAAUGGAAUAUUUAUUAAAUUAGCUGACUGAGUCCAUAGUCAGUGUGUGUUUAAAGCAAGCAGUCCUGAAGGCCGUGCAGCAUUUUUCAUUAGAGGAAAAUGGAAAAAUGAAUUAUGUAAUCCCCUUUGUAACAUGUUGACAAAGCAGAUAUACGGUACUUUCUCAAAAAAGUCAACUACCUUAUACGUAAAGCAGCAAUACUUCACUAAAUCUCACAGAUAGUUUACCUCUUCUUGUUUAUUAUGUCAGACUAAACUAACAAAAGCAUAUAUGUGAAUGUUAAUUUUUUAAGCUCAAGCAAUGAUGUAUUUGACUGUACAAAUGAGGCACUUAAAAUGACCAGAUCUUGUUUAUGUAACCAUUGAUGCUGUUCUGUUGCCUAUGAAGAAGUACAGUUCUGUUGUAAAAAUGUCCAUACCAACAAGACUAGCAGAAACAUGUUGUUCUUUAUUUUGAAUGGCAAAGACCUUAUUUAUGUGUAUCACAUGUAGAACAUUUAAGCGACCUGUAGCUAACUUUCAAGCACGCUGUGAAAACCAACUUUCUGCUCAGUUUGCCAGCGAUUGGUUUCUAUGUGUUACCCAUCAGCAAUACUUACAAAGAAGCAGCAUUUCUACAGGCCUAUAGAUGUUUGUACAUUUAAAUAUUUAGAUGUGACCUUAUGAUGACAUUUUAUUUUAAUCGGUGAUUAAAACCAAAAGCUGCUUAUGGGGGGUGGGGGGUGGGUUGGGGUCUAAAGCCAUAUUGAUUAAGUUGACUAGUGGUAUUGCCAAUACAUGAGUUUUGGGGGUAAUUUAACUUUACAGCUGGAAAUGAGCUUGUAUUUAUUGCUAAAUCAGUAAAUACAUUACUUGCAAGUCUUGGAUAGUUUUUAUAUAUAUAUAUUGCAAGCAUAAAAGGACUAUGUCAUAUACUAAGCACACAUUUAGUGGUAUAAGUCCUUAAAAGUAAGGGUUCAAAGCUUAGUCAAACAGAAUUAGAUUGUUAACUUUCAUUUAGCUUUCAGUAAUUCAAAUGCAAAUAAAUAUAAACUAACCCUGGCUUAUCCACUGAAUGUAUUUGUUGUAAACGUAAUGAUUAAUUAUGUGCUUAACCCUAACCCUGAAAAUAGCAUUAAUUCCUAAAGUGGGUGGCUUGCAGGAAUAUGUGUUGAAUAAUUUCUAUUAACUACUGUUUAAAAUUAAAUAAGAAAAUAAGGUCUAAUUUUAAAUGUAAACAACAAUCUAAAUACAGCCACCCUUUUAACUAUGUUAAAUUCUGCACCAUAAACUUUUUAUAAAUAAAACUUUAAUUUGACAUAUGUUGCAAGGGGCUAAAGAACAAAAUCUGAGUUUGUGUACGAGUAGAAACUACAAUAGUCUUCAUUAAGAGUAAAUGUUGGGUUGUAGUUUUGCAAUUGGUAAGGUGUGAACAAAGAAUAUGUACAGUAGAUACUUUUAGAAUAAUAUAGUAAUAAUAAAAUAAUGAAAAAACGCA